GGUAUGUAUUUCAUUUUAUUUUAUUUUUAUUUAUAUAUAUGUAGAGAUUAUAUACUAUAUACAAUGUAAUCUAUAUAAUAUAUAUAUAAUAUAUCGUGUUUAAAUCUAUAGGAGGAAGAUCUUCCUCCUCCUCCUCCUCCUCCUCCUCCUCCUUCCCAUCGCCAUCUUGUUCCUCCUCCUCCUCCUCCGUCCCAUUGCCAUCUUGUUCCUCCUCAUCCUCCUCCUCCCCCUCCUCCCAUAGCCAACGGGCAAUGGCGACGGCGAUGGCGACGGGUGACGAGCGAUGGAGACGGAUGAUGAUGACGGGGAGGAAGACAACGAUGGGAAGGAGGAGGAGGAAGACAGCAUUGGUGGGGAGAUAGCAGAAGACGAUGGGGAGGAUGAGGAGGAGGAGGAGGAGGAGGAAGAAGAUGAUGGGGAGAUAGCACGGAGAGCGCGAGAACAGGAGAAGUUCGAGAAGGUGUGGGAUUGGUAUGCCGAGGAAAUGGCGUGUAAGGAAAAGGAACGGAAGGAAAAAGAGCAAAAACAAAGGGAGAAAGAAGAGAGGAAACGAAGUCAAGAGGCCGAGGAGGAGCGAACCAAAGCCAAGAAGGAGCGACAAGAGUUCGAAGCCUCGUUAGGAAAGAUGGUUAAGGACAACAUGAAGGAGGUUUGUGAGCACGUGUUGGGGAAGAAAUCCGCCACGAGCCAAGAAGCCAGCAUGAGUACCGAUAUCCGGAGGAAAGAACAAGAAGCGAGAUGGCAAAGGGAAGACGCGGCCGCAAGAGAACAACUACAGCGUCAGAAGGACGAGGAUAUCGAAUGUUUGAAGAAAGAGAAAGAAGAUUUGGUCAAGAUAGCGACGGGCAAGGCGAGCAAGGAGCUCGACUCUCUGAGAUCGGAUGAUCAGGCUUUGGCCUACGAUGUUCUCAGACUUAAGGAGGAGAUGAAGGAACUCAAAUGUGGAAGCAAACGCGGUGCAGAGGCAGUGACGGAAAAAGCCCCCCCAGAGGAGCCAGCGAAGGGUAAGACAAAGACGACGAUGGACGGUCAAACACCAAAUAGUUGGGCCAAGCUAGCCGAGGCGUAUCGAAGAGUAUAUGAUGAGAAGGAUAUGGCCGAUCGGGAGGUAUCGGCGCGCAAGGAGAGGAUCAAUCGCAUCAAGCUCGUUUCACCUUCAAGCUCACGAAGAAAGACUUUCCGAAGAAAGAGUCUCAAGGAGAGGAGUGGAGGGGACCAAGUGAAAGUGACCUUCAUAAGGAAGGUAGAAGAAGACCGAGAUAUGUUUUACAAGCGGGUCCUCAUGGAUAUAUCGAAGCUAAGGAAGGCACAAAUGGAAAUGCUUUGCAAAGACGAGGAGAUAGAGUACGUUGGGAUCAAAAAAAUUGCAGGUGAUGUCGCCGAUAUCUACACGGCCAGAGCAUUCGAGCGGCCGACAAAGAGGAAGCUGUUACAAACGGAACGUGAGGAAGAGCAGGAGGUUGACAAUCAAAACGCGCAGGAGGACACAUCGGCCGACGUGGCAGAAACAUCCGCGAAUGGUUUCGCAGGCUCGGAAUCUUCGUAGAUUUGGCCCCGAGCACCGGUGCCAUUUAUUCUUUUCUCGCAGAGUUUCAGACACUA